GCGCCCCCACCCCCGGCGCAAGCGUGCAUGAGCGCUGUGCGCCCUAGGCGGUCUGCGAUGUUGGGGUCGGCGCCUUGCUCCAGGAGUGGGCGGACCUCCCUCCUCAGCUUCUUCUAGAUUGGCCGGGAGAACUCACCAAUGGGGAGCUCUGGGAGGCGGACCUAGAACGCCACCAGCGGGAGGAAGAAGAGCAAAUUUCAAGUUGGCUGCGGCGUGGGCUCCGUGUGGGGGAGGGGCAGCAGGUUUUUCUCAUUGGAUCUCUGAAUACCCAGGCCCCCUCCACCAUGGCCAGCCGGGGUGGGGGCCAGGGUCGUGGCCGGGGCCAGUUGACCUUCAACAUGGAGGCUGUGGGCAUUGGGAAGGGGGAUGCCUUGCCCCCACCUACCCUGCAGCCGUCUCCACUCUUCCCUCCAUUGGAAUUCCGCCCAGUGCCUCUGUCCUCAGGAGAAGAAGGGGAAUAUGUCCUGGCACUGAAGCAGGAGCUACGAGGGGCCAUGAGGCAGCUCCCCUACUUUAUCCGGCCAGCUGUCCCCAAGAGAGAUGUGGAACGUUACUCAGACAAAUAUCAGAUGUCAGGGCCGAUUGACAGUGCCAUCGAUUGGAACCCUGAUUGGCGACGUCUACCCCGGGAGCUAAAGAUCCGAGUGCGGAAGCUACAGAAGGAGCGGACCACCAUUCUACUCCCUAAAAGGCCCCCUAAGACCACAGAAGAUAAGGAGGAAACAAUACAGAAACUAGAGACCCUGGAGAAGAAAGAGGAAGAAGUGACUUCAGAAGAAGAUGAAGAGAAAGAAGAAGAAGAAGAGAAGGAAGAGGAAGAGGAGGAGGAGUAUGAUGAAGAAGAACAUGAAGAGGAAACUGAUUACAUCAUGUCAUAUUUUGACAAUGGAGAGGAUUUUGGGGGUGACAGUGAUGACAAUAUGGAUGAGGCUAUAUACUGAAGAAGGACCCUAAACAACACCUUGGACCUCCAUAUCUUUCUUGAUUUAGGAUACAGAGAGUAACUGUUCCUAUUAUUUGGUUUUGUGGACAAACAAAUCCUUUGCUCAGAGUCCAGAUAAUCUGUUUGGUCCCUGGAGAUAG